AUGCGAUAUUCAUAUGAUGUUAAUAGAGGUUUCUGUUUUGAGUUGGCUGGCAAAGACCCUACCCAUAAAGAAAAGAAGAAAAAGUUAUCAGACAUGCUUGGGUCUCAGUGGAGCAAAGAUGAGCUCGAGCGCUUCUAUGGUGCCUACAGAAAAUAUGGAAAAGAUUGGAGAAAGGUUGGUGGUGCUAUCCGUGAUAGAACAUCUGACAUGGUGAAGGCUCUUUACAAUAUGAAUAAGGCAUAUUUAUCUCUUCCGGAGGGAACAGCAACUGCUGCUGGAUUAAUUGCAAUGAUGACCGAUCACUACAAUAUUCUGGAUGGAAGUAACAGUGACCGAGAAAGCAAUGAUUCCCCACAAGUUUCUAGGAGGCUACAGAAGCGUGGUCGUGCAAAACUUCAAUCUGUGUCUAAGACAUCUGAUACGCAUCAUACUGAUCUGUUGCAACCUCAGCCUGCUUCAUCGAGCUAUGGAUGCCUUUCUUUGUUGAAGAAAAAACGUUCUGGAGACCUAUUUGUAGGGAACAGGCCACGUGCUGUUGGGAAAAGGACUCCAAGAGUACCUGUUGCAAGCAUGUACCAUCGAGAUGACAGGGGUGCAUCAAAUAGACAAGCUAAACCUGAUGCUAACAAUGGUGAUGAUGAAGGAGCUCAUGUAGCUGCGCUUGCUCUGGCGGAGGUAUAUCAAAGAGGAGGCUCACCUCAGUUUUCCCAUACACCUCGGAGAUCUGGUGAUCAUAUGUUCCUGUCUCCUGCUAAAAGUAGUGACAAAAAAAAUGCUGAUUCAGAGAUGGGAAGCUCAAAGCUGCAUGGAUUUCAGUUGGAUGCUGAUUACCCUGAAGGUAGCUUGGGAAGUAGGGAAGCCGAGACUGGCGAUUAUACCAAAGGUGCAUCCUAUUUGAUAGCUAACAAAGGAUCUCCAUCUAGCAAGCCUCAGAAGAAAGUCAAGAGGCCUCAAAAGAGGAGAAAAAAAGCUGUACGCAAAACGGGUGAUCAGUUUGAGGAUGAUAGAGAGGCUUGUAGUGGUACUGAAGAAGGGUGUAGCAUGAAAAAGGCAAAAGAGGAACCAGAGCUGGAGACAUUGGGAAGCAAAACUGCAUGGCCAUCUAGCACAUCAAAUAAAAGAAGUCGCCAACUCUUUUUUGAUGAUGAAAGAUCAGCUCUAGAUGCAUUACAUACUUUAGCUGAUCUAUCUGUGAAUAUCCUACAACCAUCUCCAGUUGUUGAAUCUGAAUCAUCAGCUCAGAUUAAGGAUGAAAACAAAGACAAUGAUUCUGAUGGAAAGCCUGGUAUACCUGCAGCAGCUGUAUCGGUGUAUGAGCAGAAAGAUAACUCCAAAAGUACAUCAAAGAAACUCAAAAGGCAGUCAGAAAUGGCAAGCACUGAUAUGGUUACUAGGAAAAAAGGCAAACUUGCUAAAGAUACUAAUCAUGAUGGGAGCACCACUUCUGAAGUAAAGCAGCAAGCUUGUACAUGUGGUGUGAAAACAGAAAAAAAGAAGAAAUCUUCCAUGGGAAAGAUUUUGAAAGAUGAAAAGAAUAUGCCAAAAGAUGUUGAGAAGACUGAGGUUUCUCCUGAAGAAGAGAAGGCGUCUUCUAACAAAAAAUGGUGCAUGUUUGAGUGGUUCUAUAGUGCAAUUGAUUACCCGUGGUUUGCAAAGAGUGAAUUUGUUGAGUAUUUGAACCAUGUCAAGCUAGGUCAUGUUCCAAGACUGACUCGUGUCGAGUGGGGUGUCAUACGAAGUUCUCUUGGAAAGCCCCGUCGAUUGUCGAAGCAGUUUUUGCACGAAGAGAGAGAGAAGCUUGCUCAGUAUCGUGAUUCAGUCAGACAGCAUUAUACUGAACUUCGAUCUGGCGUUAGAGAAGGUCUACCAACGGAUCUUGCACGACCUCUAGCAGUUGGGCAGCGUGUUAUAGCCUGCCAUCCUAGAACAAGGGAACUUCAUGAUGGGAAUGUUCUGACUGUCGAUCAUAAUCAGUGCCGGGUUCAGUUUGAUCGACCUGAACUGGGUGUUGAGCUUGUAAAGGAUAUUGACUGCAUGCCCCUACAUCCUCUGGAAAAUUUUCCUGAAUCUCUCAGACAGCAAAGCAUCAUCAAUGGAUAUUACAGCCACUUAUCAGAAGCAAAAUAUGAGGAUCAGAUGAAAGAAUUGGCUAGCGGAGGUGCAGCAAGAUCCACAUCGAAUUUGAAUGGUGCAGAUGCAACCUUCCCUUCUGGUCAUCCGAUGAGUACCUUAAUGAAGCAAGCCAAGGCCAAAGCGACAGUUAAUGAGGUUGCAGUUGCAACACAACAGUCAAUGUACAAUCAACCAUGCACACUUUCGCAGAUACAGGAAAGAGAAGCUGAUAUAAGAGCUCUUGGUGAGUUAUCACGUGCUCUUGAUAAAAAGGAAGCUUUGCUGGUGGAGUUGAGGCACAUGAAUGAAGAAGUGUCUGGAAAGCAGAGGGAUAGGGAAAUUAUUAGAGACUUGGAGCAUUUCAGGAAGCAAUACGCUAUGGUGCUUGUGCAGCUAAGAGAUUCGAAUGAUCAAGUAACCUUCCCCAGUUCAAGGCAGUCUAAAUCCAUGGAAAAUGGCGUAGCCCUUGCUGGAGCAUCAGAUCCGUAUAACCUUUUCAGUUAUAUUAAUCCAGAGUCUGAUUCCCAAGUGAUCGAAGUUAUCGAGACUUCAAAGUGCAGGGCAAGAAUGAUGGUUGAUGUUGCUAUCCAGGCUAUGUGCAAAGUGAGUGAAGGGGAGAAUGCUUUUGCAAAAAUAGGGGAAGCACUAGAUCACUUGAAUAGCCACGGUACUGGCUCUGGUUUAAGUAUACUUGGCAUAAGACGGAUACCUCCUGAAUCAGGACAGUCAAAUGCAUCUUAUCAUGAUAAUUGCACAACUGCCCCUGCAGCAAACAGCAGUUCAAAGUUGCCGAACGGCUGUGAUUCGGAAGCUCAAUUUCCCAAAGAGUUGAUAUCAUCCUGCGUAGCUAUGAUGCUUAUGAUAAAGAACUGCACGGAUAAGCAGUAUCACCCUGCUGAAGUCGCCCACAUCCUCGAUUCAGCACUGUCAGGCGUACAAACGUGCAGCUCCCAGAACAUCCCGAUCUUCAGAGACAUCGAAAUGUGCAUGGGCAUCAUCAAGAACCAAAUGCUGGCGUUGAUACCCACUCCAAGUGGCUAA